UCCCGAUUUGUACCUUCUCCGUUCGCAGAAAGCAGCGUGGCAAUCUACUCGGCAACAUCCCGGGGAAGAAUGCAACUGAUCUACGGCGGUCAGCCGUUCAUCUUCGAGAAAACUCUGAAACUUUCUUCGGGGGAGGAGAAGCGCUUCUGGCGAUGCAACCAAUGGUGGAACCAGAAGUGCCGCUCCCGUGUCUUCACCAUCAACGAUGUCGUCUGUCCGCUUAACCGAUUCCACACGCACGAGGAGAUUGUGCGGCGCAAGAAGCGAGUGCGUCGCGUGCCGCCGGUGGAGACAAUUGCCAAGGUGGUCACCACAACAGCCAGGCAACAGCAGCAGCAGCAGCAGACCCAUCAGCAGCAAGAAAUUCAGCUGACCAGCGAUGCCAUGUUGACCAAUGCUGGAGCAAUCCUCGAGGACGAAUCUCCCGCCACGAUUGAUGUCAGUGAGCUGGGAAUGCACCUGAAGUACGAGGAAAUCGUGGCGGAUGUCACGGGCAUUGUGGGAGCCACGCGAGUGGUCAGCCGUCGGAAGUGAAUUCCGUCUUUUCACGAGAAUGGCUCGAUUUUUUCAAAGGGAAAAAUCGCAGGGUCAGAUUUUACUAUAUAGAAAAUUCGAAGCAUUCUAACUAUAAUUUUUAAACUUGCCACUUCGGAAACUAAGAGCUAGAUACUUUUGUUGAAUUUAAAAAAGGCUUAUUACGACUAUUAACCCAUAUGAAAUAUUUAAAUUUAAAUUUAAGAAUAUUUUAAUAUUAUUUUCCAAGGUUUCACCUUCUUUUAUGUGUCGAACGUUGUCAGACAUUUCUUUCUUUUUUCCCUUCUCUUAAAAAGUCUACUUAUUUAACGCCCUUAAACGGACAAGCUAAGUUAGCGAUUAUGAUUCAGAUUAUAAACACUUAAAUAUAUGUAAAUGUAAUAAAUGUAAGCCCUAAACAGUGCAA